UCAUCAACACUUCACAUUUUUUAGUGCCAAACUGUUUUCCCCUUCUCUUUCCCGCUGAAAUUUCCGUUUGGUUUGCUAGAAAACUAGACUAAGGAAAAAAAAAUGAAAAGAAAAAGAGUAAUGGAAGAUGAGAUCAUUAAAGCUAGAUUUACAGGCCUUUCUUUUACUUCCUUGUUCACGUUAAUUGCAUUUUCACCGUGUCUUAUUGGAAUAUUCAUCUCAGGUACGGGUCUUAGAACUUUUCACUUUCUGUUGUCCCAUGAUUUUCUGGCAAACUCUGUCUAGUUUUCCAUUGCAGGGGUUUGUAGAGUAUAGACUACAAGUAUAAGCAAAAAUAUCUCGAUUUUAUUUGGAAUAGCUUUAAAAUUAACCGUGAAUCGUCAAUAGGAGCUUUUGAAUUGGGCAUUUUUGAAAGAUUUGAGGGACUAUAGAAUUGUGUAAUGGACGCUCAGAAUUCUUUGUUAUUGAUAUCCAAUUUACUUUGUUUCGGAAGCUAUUUUUCCCUGCUAACAAACCUAAACAAUGUUGGUACCGGUCUGAAUAUGCGAUAUAGUUGUAAAGCACAAUUCUUUGCUUUCAAAAAUUUUUGCAGCACAAGUAUAUUAAGAGUUUGGCCAUUGAUAAAAUUCCUGCACUGUCAUGAUUGUGAUGUGGCGUAAGGCCACUUCUUUCAGAUUUGAUGAAGGCGUUGGGACUUGAUUCUUAGGUAACCAAUUGUCUUCAUUGUUUCAGUUAGCAUUUUACAUAUUACAAUCAGGACUUGUUCAUGAUGCAAGGGGUUAUUUUUGCCUUCCUGGGUUGUGUUUAUCCCAAUUAUGUGCUAGUUUAGCUUUCUAUAGAUUUUUUCCCCAUGUUAUAUUGUUGUUUUUUCACCUAUUUAAGCUCAAAACACAUUGAUUAUUCAAAUAAAUCUAAAAUUGAAAAUGUGAUUCUGAUUUCCUGCAUGCAGUUAUUGGAUGGAUGAACCAAUUGUCUAAAUCUGAUACUAAAUCAAGAGCAGAAUGGAGGGCUCAUCUAAUCAAGCAUUUGAUUCAGAUGAUAAUGGAAGAUGUUUUCAUGAUUAUGACAGGCAUGAAUUUGCGGACAAUGAGCUGUCAAAAAAUGUUGGUUUAUGUUCAGAUGAGGUUGACAGUGUCAUAGAGCAAUCAAAUGAAAAUUUACUGUCAACGAGUGAUAUUGUGGAACCAUAUUUUGGCAUGGAGUUCAACUCAAGGGAUGAUGCUCGAGAAUUUUAUAUUGCUUAUGGCAGGCAUAUAGGGUUUAUUGUGCGCAUCCAUCAUAACCGACGGUCUCGAGUAAAUAACAUGGUUAUUGGUCAGGAUUUUGUUUGCUCCAAGGAAGGCUUUCGUGAAAAGAAAUACAUAUGCAGGAAAGACAGAGUUCUUCCUCCCCCACCCAUAACCCGAGAAGGCUGUCCUGCAAUGUUGAGGUUAGCUUUAAGGGAUGGAGUUAAGUGGGUCGUCACCAAAUUCAUAAAAGAGCACAAUCACCCAUUAAUGUCUCCUGAUAAAGUACCAUGGCGAGGAUCUGCAAAAAAUUUGUUCAGCGAGGAUGAAAAGGAUCGGAAAAUACGAGAACUCACUAGUGAGCUUAACAAUGAGAAACAACGAUGUAAACGGCGGUGUGCUGCAUACCAGGAACAAUUACAAAUGGUGUUGUCAUAUAUAGAGGAACAUACUAAUCACUUGUCAAGUAAGGUUCAGGACGUUGUUAACAAUGUAAAAAAACUAGAAAAUGAGUUGCUGGAUGAUUCAGGUUGCAAAUAUGCGUAGAAAGUCUCUGCUUUAUGCAAUUGAAGAUUUGAAGAAAAUGGGAAAUCAGCAGGCAGAAAAAAAAUUCUAGGAACUUAAGCUCUCUCUUGAAUUAAUAAGAUAAUCAAAUCAAGAAGAAUGCGUGUGGAGCUCUCCAUGUUUAUUUCAGGAGAGAACCAAUGGAAGUGCCUGAUAGAGGAUUCUUAAUUUUUUUUAAUUUUUAUUAAAAAAAAAAAAGAAAUCGUUUUUUUAACAAAUUUUGAUAUUUCAAGUAUCAUUUUCUUUUUCUUUUCUUUUUUCUCCACUUCCAUUUUAUCUACCUGUCUCAAUUUUGAUUGCCAUUUUGAAUAUAAUCCUAAUUUCCUUAAUUUUGAGUCUACUAAAGUUUCUAGCAGGUGUAACUGUUAUUUUGAUUUCUAAGGCUUUCUGUUGGGAGAUGUUGUUAUGAAUGUAAAUAAAUCAAGCUACUCUUUGAACUAUUCUAAGACUUAAGUUGAUAGAAGUUUACUUUGAUUUGAUUUUUUUUCCCUAAAUAGCUAAAUUGAGUCUAAUUUUUAACAUCAUCAAUCUUUUAACAGUACUAAAUUACAUAUCUUGAAUGGAUAUAAGAAAUUUCUCAAUUAGGAUUAUCUAGAUACACUUUCCCCCCAAGGGGAAGCCAACCCUGGUGCCUUAUUGACUAUUCAUCCAGUGAGUGAUAGGCAAAAAUAUAUUAUUAUAAUCCUUAAGGCAGCAGAGAUGCCUUGGAUCUUCUCUGCACUUAAAAGCAUUCUUCAAAGACGAAAUGAAAUUAAGUUCUAAUUGCUAAGAUCUCAUAUUAUUCCUAUGUACCACAAAACCCCAUCUACGAAAAUUUUAGUAACCGAUGUGAAAUGCAUCUAUACUUAUAUUUUGGUUAAAUUACUUUUUCAUGCUUGAUUUAUUUUUAAACUAAAACAAAUGUCCAUUUAUUUUUAAAAUUCAAU